UCAGUAGCGGCGCUGCGCGCAGGCCAGAAACACGAGGCUAAGUGCCGCAGCUUUAGCACUUCGGUGCGGCGGACCCGACUCUCGCCCGCGCCGUCUCAGGAUUAGCCCGAGGACACGUCUUUAGUGCGGCCACCGCCCGGUGGCCUUCACCUGGAUUACCUACGAGGCAGCUACCGCCGAACUAGCGUGGAGGCGACUGAGGAGGAGUGUGUCAAGAGCUGCCAGCUUUUCAGUGACCCCACUGGCGGGCGGACGCGCAGGAAAGCAUCAUACCCAACAGAACCCGAUUCAGGGCCUGCAGGUGGAAAGCUCGAGGCCCGGGGGGAUGGCGGCCCCGGUCCGGAGCAGCUCCGGGUGGAAGCUACUGCUGCUGGUGGCACUUUGGCAGCAGCGCGCAGCCGGCUCCGGCGUCUUCCAGCUGCAGCUGCAGGAGUUCGCCAACGAGCACGGCGUUCUGGCCAGUGGGAGGCCGUGCGAGCCCGGUUGCCGGACUUUCUUCCGCAUCUGCCUAAAGCACUUCCAGGCAGUCCUUUCGCCUGGGCCGUGUACCUUCGGCAGCGUCUCCACACCGGUAUUGGGCAUCAAUUCCUUCGCCAUUGGAGACGACAGUAGCGGCGGGGGCCGAAACCCUCUCCAACUGCCCUUCAACUUCACCUGGCCGGGCACCUUCUCCCUCAUCAUUGAAGCUUGGCACGCGCCUGGAGACGACCUGCGGCCAGAGGCCUUGCCACCGGAUGCACUUAUCAGCAAGAUCGCCAUCCAAGGCUCCCUACCUGUGGGUGAGAACUGGUUACCAGAGGAGCAAACCAGCACCCUCACGAAGCUGCGCUACUCUUACCGGGUCAUCUGCAGUGAUAACUACUAUGGGGAGAGCUGCUCACGCCUGUGCAAGAAGCGCAACGACCACUUCGGCCACUAUGUGUGCCAGCCAGAUGGCAGCCUAUCCUGCCUGCCAGGUUGGACUGGAGAAUACUGUGAACAGCCUAUCUGUCUUUCUGGCUGUCAUGAGCAGAAUGGCUACUGCAGCAAGCCAGCAGAGUGCCUCUGCCGCCCAGGUUGGCAGGGCCGCCUGUGCAACGAAUGUAUCCCUCAUAACGGCUGUCGCCAUGGCACCUGCAGCACCCCCUGGCAGUGUACCUGCAAUGAGGGCUGGGGAGGCCUGUUCUGUGAUCAAGAUCUCAACUACUGCACUCACCACUCACCAUGCAAGAAUGGGGCCACAUGCUCCAACAGUGGGCAGCGGAGCUACACCUGUACCUGUCGACCAGGCUAUACUGGCAUCGACUGUGAGUUGGAACUCAGCAAAUGUGACAGCAACCCAUGUCGUAAUGGGGGCAGUUGUAAGGACCAGGAUGAUGGCUACCACUGCUUGUGUCCCCCGGGUUACUAUGGCCUGCACUGUGAGCACAGCACACUGACCUGUGCUGACUCCCCCUGUUUCAAUGGGGGCUCCUGCCGGGAACGAAACCAGGGAGCCAGCUAUGCCUGUGAAUGCCCCCCCAACUUCACUGGCUCCAACUGUGAGAAGAAAGUGGACAGGUGUACCAGCAACCCCUGUGCUAAUGGGGGCCAGUGUCUGAACAGAGGUACAAGCCGCACAUGCCGCUGCCGUCCUGGAUUCACAGGCACCCUCUGUGAACUCCACAUCAGUGACUGCACCCGAAAUCCUUGUGCUCACGGUGGCACUUGUCAUGACCUAGAGAAGGGGAUCAUGUGCACCUGCCCUGUGGGCUUUUCUGGCCUGCGCUGCGAGGUGCGGAUGCCUGCGAGGUCCAGCGAUGCCUGUGCCUCUGGGCCCUGCUUCAAUGGGGCCACCUGCUAUACUGGCCUCUCUCCGGACAACUUCGUGUGCAACUGCCCCUAUGGCUUUGUGGGCAGCCGCUGCGAAUUCCCGGUGGGCCUGCCACCCAGCUUCCCCUGGGUGGCUGUGUCCCUGGGUGUGGGGCUGGUGGUGGUGCUGGUGCUGUUGGGCAUGGUGGCAGUGGCUGUACGCCAGAUGCGGCUUCGGCGGCCAGAUGAUGGCAGGAGGGAAGCCAUGAACAACUUGUCAGACUUCCAGAAGGACAAUCUGAUCCCUGCCGCCCAGCUCAAGAACACAAACCAGAAGAAGGAGCUGGAGGUGGACUGUGGUCUGGAUAAGUCCAACUGUGGCAAACAGCAGAACCACACAUUGGACUAUAAUCUGGCUCCUGGCCCUCUGGGGCGGGGAACCAUGCCUGGGAAGUAUCCCCACAGUGACAAGAGCUUAGGGGAAAAGGUGCCACUGCGGUUACACAGUGAAAAGCCAGAGUGUCGAAUAUCAGCGAUAUGCUCCCCCAGGGAGUCUAUGUACCAGUCUGUGUGUUUGAUAUCAGAAGAGAGGAACGAAUGUGUCAUUGCCACGGAGGUAUAAGGCACAAGCCUGCCCAGAACACCCCAGCUUUGGCCCAGUGGCUGGACCUUCCUUCUGCACUGUUUACAUUGCAUCCUGGAUGGGACGUUUCUAUGCACUGUGCUGCUCUCAGGAGGAAGAGGGGAUGGCAGGAACCGGAGGGACUGUGAACUUGCCAAGACAUGCUACGCACCUCUGGGUGUCUGCUGGCAUCACAUGGAGCUGUGCCAGCCAGAGAGGAGGGUGCCACCUAGAUCUGCACUAUCAGUGGGCUUUGGAGGCACUUUCUGGGGCUCUGACCUGUUCCAGGAAGAGCGGCACUAGCCCCAUGGAGCUUGGAGUAACGGUGGCCUCCACUGGUAUCUGUGUUCUGAAAGUGCCUUUGUCCCAGGCACCAUAGCAACAUCUGGGCCUAAAUCAGAAAGAAGGAGGCCAGUAAGGGCAGGGUCUCUUGUGGCAGGAAAGCCCCUGGGUGUGGCUCCUGGCAGGCAUUGCCCUGCAGGUGAGGAAGUGCUCCAGGGGCAAGGAGUGCUUUUGGCCCUUUGUCCCCAACUGCUGCAUAUGGGCCUUGCUCAGAAGGCCGCCCAGCCUAUUCCUGGCCUUUACAUUCGGGGCAGGCGAGUGUUGCUAAAGCUUAACCUGCUCCCACAAUCCUCUGACCCUGGGUGCUCUGGACUCUCAUGAGCAGACAGGUAGAAGGCCUGCCCAUCUCCAGCCAUGAGUGCCAGGCCUAACCAAGGAGCUCUGGGAGCAGUUAUGUUGGAAAUUCUAGUGAGGGAGAAAGCAGGUCUGGUGCCACCUGGGCACUUGCCUCCCUCAAAUCUAUUCCUACGACCUCGAGCCUGGGCUCUGCCCAUGUUCACUACUGCCCCUAGAAACCAAUCUUCAGAAAUCAAUAAUAUGAGUUUUUUAUUUUGUUUGUUUUUUUAGUCUAUUUUGAAAUCUAGUAUUUCGAUAAUUUAAGAAUCAGAAGCACUGGCCUUUCUACAUUUUAUAACAUUAUUUUGUAUAUAAUGUGUAUUUAUAAUAUGGAACAGAUAUGUA